AUGAUGGAGUUUACAAUGAGAAGCACGGCGCUAGGUCUUCUGUUGCUUUUGGUGACCCCAAGUUUGUGUCAAUCAAAGGUUCCCUACGAGCAAUGGUACGUCAACAAAACUAUGUAUCCGGUGAGUAGAUUCCGUGGCCCACCAGAAGCUCGCGGUAGAAUGAAUCCCGUAGGUUAUCGAAAUUACAUAGCAGGAGAAGAAGAAAUAUGGAACGGUAAAUGCAAUGUAACGCACGAGGCUCCAGGAUGCAUUAAAUCAGAGACAGCUUGGUAUUAUAACAUUGAAACUGAACAAUGUGCAAUAUCACCCCAUGGAAGUUGUAGCGGCACAAAAAACAAUUUCAAGACAAAAGAGCAGUGCGACCAAGAAUGCACAGCAUUUUCGCCAGGCAAGGCACAGGCAGUUCCAAUAAGUGUACCUGAUCCAAUCGUGCAAACUGUUCCUGCAACACAGCCUGCCCCAAUCACGCAAUCUGUCCCUGACUCGCAACCUGCCCUACAACCUGUCCCUGUUAUCGAACCUGUUCCUGUCCCGCAACCUGUCCCUGUUAUCGAACCUGUUCCUGUCCUGCAACCUGUCCAUGUUCCACAACCUGUCGUGCAAACUGAUCCUGUCGUGCAAACUGUCUCUGUCCCGGAACCUGUCCCUGUCGUGCAACCUAUUUUACUAGUAGCAACAACAGCGCCGGAAAAACAACACAUUGAAAUUCAAUCAAUAUUAAGUAGCGGAGUUGAUGAUGUUACUCCGGAAAAAAUAACAUCGAACACAGUAAUCCAGGUAACGACGGAAAAAAAUAUUCCGAUUUUAGCAUCGGAGCCUGCUCUGUAUGUAGCUCCUGGAAUAUUAGAAAUACAGGCGGGCCAAAAGCAAUUGCAAAAUCUACAAAAUGAUCAAUUAACCUGUGGCCAUCAACUACAUAAGCUCGCUGGAGUGUACCUUCAGCAACAUGCCGGAGUUCCGAGACCGGUAAGCAUGCACGACAAUGCGACAAGAUCGGCGGAAAAAACGAUUGGACACUAUAUUGAUCAGGCUGCAGUUGAACGUUUUGAUGACUGUUCGAAGGUCGAGAUUGGUAGGACAAAAUGGUUGUCCACGGAAGCCGAGCAUACGGCAGAUGGUGGUAUGAUAAUUUACCAAAUUGGAAUCCAAACUAUAGAAUUCGCACUUCCAUAGUAUCCACGGAACAGGCGGCUUCUCUUCCGUGCAUCUAAUAAAAAUUUUAACAAAUUAAUCCACUAAACUAAAUGGCAAUAGUAUACUAUAUUUUUACCAUAGCCAAACUAAUACACUGAGUUGCCUAAUUCAA